AUGAAUCCGAACUACAACCAAAGAUAUUACCCACCUGGAGCACGCAAUCCCUAUCCCUAUCCCAUUUCCCAUCCCAAGCCCUAUCCCAAUCCUUAUCCCAAUCCCUAUCCUUAUCCUUAUCCUUAUCCCUAUACCUAUCCCCAACAAUAUCCCCAACCCCAUUAUCCCCCCUAUCCAUAUUAUCCCCAUCCUCAUCCCCGUCCCCACCCCUAUCACCAACACCAAGGAAGACAUCGCCGGCCCCGGCCCCAUUCUAUUAUAUGGGCAAACAAGAAAAAGGCUAUCAACGACGCGGCUGCAGAAGUAGCCAACAAAGCCAAGGAAGCAGAGGAAAUUCCAGAUCAAGCCGUGCAGAUCGCAAAGGAGGCCAUCCUCAAGGCGCUGGAAAAAAACAAUAAUGCCCUUAGUGGCGAAAUAAAGAAAUUAAAAAUUUAA